GGCGUCCCGGCCAAACGGUGAGGGCUUGUCUUUCUCCGCCGGUCAAUAGAGAUGAAACUCUUGAACUUGCUGCUGCUGUCCACAACUGCUUGUGAGUCCGCUUGAGGUUGUUCGGUUUUAACUUUGGCCUAUGAGCGGGGAGCAUCGCCUGAUUCACAACCGCCAUCAGUCGCGGAAUAUCUCUUAUUACUCUCACACCCACCACAGGAGACUGGUCAACAAACUCGGAAACUAUGCCGCCUAAAACGCAACAAUUCUCAGCUGCUGAGCCGUCCAGUUUUGCGAGGAAACCUAACAAGAGAACAACCAUUCCCCCAAAGGCGCCCCCAUGCCAUACUUGUCGUCGCCAAAGGCUACGGUGUGAUGGAGCAAAGCCUGGCUGCAACAAGUGCGUCGCAAGAGGCGUGAAAUGUCUGGGGUACGGCGCCCAGCCAUUUCUCUGGGUCCAGCCCAAAUCGUUGGACGCACCAGAGCGAGUCGACCUGGGGAAUCAAGGUACAAUUGGCGGACGGACAGUCGAACAACCCAGGAAACAAGGUCGGCCGAGACUGGUGUUGAUGUCUAACCCCGAGGAGCGCAAUGAUGAUCGUCUAUCCUUGCCACCUCGGCCAUCCCAGCAGCCAUCGCAGUGGGUUAUUGCGCGGGGCCCGAACGGGGGGCAACGACCCGGGGCAGACCGAGCAGGCUUUCCUAAACCCCGUGUCGGACUCGAUCCGCUCGACUACGAGAACCACAGGCUCAUGCUCGAUUGCCUCGACUACUUCAACAACUUUAUCUGCCCCGACAUGGUGCUGCUCGACACAGCGGCAAAUCCGCACCGGUUACCACUCCAGUACUGGCGAUACAUCCCGGAUAUGAGUUUGGACAUAAUCAUAGCCGCAUCACUCACCCACCAGGCUAUUAGAUCUCAGGUCCAUGAGCUCUCUCUUGAGACGGACAGGAUCGGUCUUGUGCCUAUCAAGAGGCACCGAAUGGGCUCGUUCAACGGCCCUUCUCUGCCUCUCAUAUACAAACAUUUCCAACGUAUCCUGAAAGCCCUUAAUCAGGAGCUCAGCGAGCCGGAGUCACGCUACGGGGACUUGGCGCUUACCGUUGUCAUCACACUCAUGCGUGUAGAGAUCCAGCAAUCCGCGUUCGGCGCUUGGCCUACCCACUUGGAAGCCGCCCGAGCAAUCAUUGCCCAUCGGGGAGGUUUCAGCCAGCUGGCAACAAAUUGCGACAUGUAUAGUCGCAUCGACUUGGUCAAUUUCAUGCUGGUUGACAUCAUGAACUCUGUCAUGACGCCCUCGCCCCAGAUGGACGACCGGACAGCAGACCAAACCGAAUAUAUAUCUCAUCUCUUCACCGUCUACAGGAACGGCAAGGACUGUGACUUUCCCUGCCCGGCCAGGCUGCUGGAGGCCAUCAUUCAUAUAAACAAUGCCCGAGCACUGAGUCGUGAGGGUGGCCACGACACUGCGCUUGACGACCUUUCCGGACAGAUCGUCGCCAACGUCUUGUCUUUCGACGCCACUGACUGGACGAAGCAGCACGUUCGAGAGUUGCUGUCUCCGAACAUAUCCGUGGCCUCGUCCCCGUCCUCGGACGGCACCGCCCGGGAAAGUUCUGACGAGCAACUUCAGGUCGAGGAGCGUGAUGCAGCUGACCGACUGCUCGAUGCUGCCGUCGAAUCUGUCCAGGAUAUGUGCAUAGAUCUUAUAAAGGCGAUUCAGUACUCUGUAUUGCUCUAUUGCAUCCGCACAUUGCACAUAGACCGAGCUAGCUCAAGCGGCAUCGUCGCACACCCAGCUUCCGUUUCUGUCUCUGACGACAUGACAACUGAUGUUCAGUUUGCGCACAAGUCUGCGCUCGACAUGCUACUCGCUGCGCUGCACAGGCUGUGGGAUCUCGACGAGACAAAGGUCAAGCACUGGUGUGGGAAGCUGUCAUUUUGGCCACUCUUUAUUGCCGGCAUGGAGAUGGAUCCCGGACCGCACACCAAGGCAGACAGGGACUUUAUCUGCGACUCGCUGAGGAAGCUUGUCUAUUACUUGGGAGUCUUGGGCCCUUUGGAUGCGGUCUCAGUGCUGCAGCUCAUCUGGCGCAAGACAACGUUGGACGGCCACUCGGUUCAGCAGUAUUCUUGGGACCAAAGGUUGCUCAUGCCCGGACUUGGCGGGCUCUAUUUCUUCUGAUCUCCCGUUGGCGCGACACGAUGACACACUACGUAGAAUCCAUCACCUCGAAAUGCUUACGCAUGUCGUUUCUCCAGUCCUCAAUGCGUUUAGACAGGCAGACUCACUGAGCGGCGCUGCGGCAGCUUCGGGAUACCUGCAGAACCAUAGAUUGCCAGCGGAGAAAAGGAACAUGC